UGUCUUUAAUUUUCGAUACACAGAUUGGCAAAGUAUAUAUAAAGUCGUAAAUAUUCGGAGACAUUGAUCCGUCGGAAACUAUCACCUAAAAACUCAAACAUGAAGACCUACAUCCUCAUUUUGGCAGUAUGCAUUGCCGUUUGUGCAGCCAUACCUGCAAACUUAGACGAGGAGUGCAACGACGAGUUAGGUGAGGAAUUCACAACCUGUGGAUCCGCUUGUCCCGACACCUGUGACAACUACAACGAGAUCCGCCCCUGCACCCUUCAGUGUGUCAUCGGAUGCCACUGUCCCAGAGGAACGGUGCGCAGGGAGUCUGACCAACACUGCGUCAAGAUCGAAGAGUGCUGACCGAAAUGUAUUUGAUGUUCAACUAUGUAACAGAUUAAAUCGAGCUUUCAGUGUUUAA